AAUUGAGAACUUGAAGCGAGCGGUCAUACAACAGAACAAAUAUUUAAUUAUUGGUGAUUUUAAAAUGGAGUCAACAUCACUUUUUGAUAACUUUCAUACAUAUCUAGAAAUUCCGGAAAUAGUUGUUAUACCAAAUCAUAAACCACUUAAUAAUGGCUUGAAGUUGGAAGAGUUGGAUGCAGCCAACGAUCCAAUAACGCUAAAUAUCAUCUUAUUGACCAUAAUUACUAUUGUAUUUAUAAUCUUCCUAAUAGCUAAAGAUUGGUUCAGAUAUUUUCAAAUCACUGAAAAGAAAAGGAUUAACAAAAUUUUACGCUUUAUCGAAUUUACAAAAUCGAAUUAUGGUAAAAUCUUGUUUGCCUUUGGCGUUGCGGGAUUACAGUUAACAAUGUGUAUGGCCUCGUUAAGAAAACAUAUGUAUUAAAUUCAGAUAAAAUUUUUUAAGAAUAUAUACAUAAGCAUUUAUUAUUAUUUUUAUUUUUUUAUAUUUCAAUUAAAAUUCUAUAAUUUUUAUAAAUAUAUUUUAUAUUAUAAACAAUACUA